AGUGCAUGACAUGGCUGUGCACAGCCAUGUCACGUACACGGGGUGUUCUUUUUGUUAUCCAGAUAACUGGUGCAGAACACUGCCUGAAUGCCAUAAGUCAUAGGCUUAAGAAAGGCAUAAUUGUUUAUGUAAGAAUAGUUGUUGUUGUGGUUCACCAGGAAAUAUCAUUUGCUGCUCACAUCAGAUGAUUGCCAGCAACAGUGUUGCAUGACAGGAUUACAGUGUAUAUAACGCAUCUACAUCAUCGUCCUGUACACAUUGUUCUAGUUUGUUGUUGUUAUUGUUUUGUUUAUCGACCACUGAGGAGUGCAACAAGACCAAUCAUGGCUAGUGAAAUUGCCAACGUCGUCAGCUUUUGCCAACCUCUGGGGACCAGUGAGACAGUUUGUCACAACGUUUCCUUCAGCAGAAUGAUACGUGAGCUGCCAUUACUUCCGCCAAUACCAAUUGACUGUAACGUCGACCCAUCACCAACAUGCCCGACACCUUGGCCCGGUUGCGGUACCAUCGCUCCAAUGCCACCUGGUUGCGGUACCACUCCAAUUCCACCUGCAGAUACAUGCAAUACAAUCUGCUGGAUUAUUCUGGCAAUAAUUGCCAUUAUUAGUUCAUUUGCAGCAGCUUCGGCUCUAGUUUAUUUCUGGAAAAAAAGGUAUUUCAAAGACAUUUUCUGGAUCAAUUCUCAUGACAACGAGUCAAGGUCUGGUACCGAUGGUCCACCUGAUGCUGACGUUGAGUUGCAUGCAACUGACGUUGAAACGACGCAACAAUGUCACAGGAGAUCGGAAAUCCAGCAGUCCAAUAACUAAACUGUUCUACGAGCGAAGUCUUUGGUAACGUUUAGGGCAACCUCGUGUUGAACUACUCUCAUGACGUUGAACUACAUGUUGACCCCGACGUUGAACUAUACAUGCACGUUCAACUGACGUGGAAACAAUUAACCCCAACGUUUACGAGGGAAUCAGUAAUGCAGCACCAGAGAGCCAGAAUCUAAGCUGCUCUACGAAUCAAGUUUUGGUAACGUGUAGGGCAACCCCGUGCUGUAGGCCUCACGCUGACCCUGACGUUGAACAAUAUUUUGACUCAACGUUGAAUUAUAUGCACGUUCAACUGACGUUGGAUCGACACACAACUUGUUGCCAACGAGGGAAUCGGUAAUACAGUAGAGCCAGAAUCUAAGCCGCUAUACGAGUCAAGUUUUGGUAACGUUUAGGGCAACCUCGUGUUGGACUACAUGUUGACUCUCAAGACGUUGAACUACAUGUUGACCCUGAUGUUCAACUAUACCAUGCACGUUCAACUGACGUGGAAACGACCCCAAAUGUUUACGAGUGAUUCAGUAAUGCAGUAGAGCCAUAAUCUAAAUUGCUAUGAGUCAAGUUCUGGUAACGUGUAUAGGGCAACCCCCUGCUGUAGGCCUACAUGCUGAUCCUGACGUUGUAUGUUGACCCUGACGUUGAACAAUGGUUAUGAGUCGAGGGGAUCACUAUAUAAAUGCAGCACAAGUAGAGCAGCAUCAGUAACGCCAUAAACUAAACUGCGCAAAGAGCUACGUACGGCACUUAAAUGCUUCUACUUAUAUAAACUAAUAAUGACGAGCGUCGUGUAUAGAAAUGUAUACUGUUUUCUGCAUUGAAUUCACUUUGUGUGGAUCGUUUUAGUGAGGGGGUGUGGGUCUACCCAUCGGAUAAUCCCCAAGUUUAAAUCCGAGGUUGAAAUUCUUUUAUAAUUAGCCCGGUUCAUAUACACGGGACGCAAACAAUAACCUGACGCGCCGCAGGGCAAUAUGUUAUUAGGGAGAAUGGACGAGAAAGUGUAGAUUCGUGAAUAGAAUGUACCAGCCGAAGGUGAGUACAUUGUAGUCACGAAUCUACACUUUAGAGUCUAUUCUCUGACUUAAACUAUUUCCACCAUUGACUAACAGUUUCAAUGGUUUGGAUUUCUCAAUAGUAACAACUAUAGUUAGUCUAAUAAUAAUAAUAAUAAUAAUGAUUACAUUUAUAUAGCGCUUCAUACUAAAAAUAAGUUUCUAAGCGCUUCACAAAGUAAAUAUAAACGAUUAAGUAAGCUAACGGGAAAAUUAAAGCUAGAAAUAUACAAUAAUAAUACAAAAGGUACACGAAAUAUACAAUAUAUAACAGGCUAUUUAGAAGAGACAAAUAUCAUUAGACUAUGUGAAAAAUUAUUGUAAUCUCAUUGGCACUGAUGGAAACCAUUGAAAAGAUGGGUUUUUAAUUGUGUUUUGAAACUGCCAAUUGUCUGAGCAUUCUGGAUGUAGGAGGGGAGACUGUUCCAUAAUGUGGGGGCACAUACUGAGAAGGCUCUAUCGCCGUAUCGUGUGUUGGUACGGGGACCUGGUGCAAACUGGGAUGAUGAUGAAGAUCUAAGGUUGAUUGAGGGGCGUGUUCUGGAAGACAAAAGUUCAGCUAAGUAUGAUGGUUCAUGGUUACGCAAUAUCUUGUAGGUGAGGAGAAGAACUUUGAACUGGGUGCGACGGGGAAUGGGGAGCCAGUGUAAUGAGUGAAGUACUGGGGUGAUGUGCUGAAACUUCUUGGACCGAGUGAUGAGGCGAGCUGCUGUGUUUUGGAUGGACUGUAGUGGGGCGAGAUGAGAAGCGUGUACGUUGCCAAACGACAGUUGGUCACAUUAUUUUUAUAUCUUAAGUGUAGAUUCGUAACGAAGUGUAGAUUCGUAAAAAUAAUCUACACUUUCAACAAUAGAGUGACGUCACAGA